CGUAAACAAAGUUGUAGUACAAUACUAUGUAAUGAGGGAACAUGCUCCGACCAGCUGUGGACAUAAUUCGGCUCUCCCUUCAACUGUCCAGCUGUUGACGAGUGGGAUGCUAUGUCCCCCCUAGUCGGUGCAUUUUCCCGAUUCGUCGGCGGCCCAGCUGUCUCAGUGAUUGCCAUUUCGACAUUUCCCAUGUCUCGCACACAUCAUCAGUACCUUGAUCAGGACAUGUUGCCGCCUCUCCAUGCGUGGCUACCAUCAUCCACGCCAGUGUUUCCACUGCCGACUCCAUACAUCCAGCGCGAUGACCCCAUUGACGACAUCCACAAUCAUCACCAUCAGCAGUAUCGUCCUUCACAGGCCUCUCGUCGGCUCCCGUCCAUUUCAGAUAUGCUGAAUCCCAUCGAGCAUUCGUUGCCACCGCUGUCGAUUCUUCCUCAUGACCAUGUGACGUCGUUCGAAGUCACACACGAACAUGCGAUGCUGUCGCCCGCCACCAGCUCGGCCGCGUCGACCCAUACACCGGAGCAUGUCGAAGGCGACCGUCGCCAGCCCCAGUCCAUCGAAGUCAAGGGAGAGUGCUUGGACGUACACUGCCACGAGACUGUCAAGCAUCGAGGGUACUGCAAACAGCACGGGGGUGCCAGGCGAUGUGCAGUGGCCCAUUGCGCCAAAGGCGUCCAGGGUGGCAGCUUGUGCAUUGGCCACGGCGGAGGCAAGCGGUGUCGGAUCCCAGACUGCAACAAGGCCACCCAGUCCCAAGGGCUGUGCAAAGCCCACGGGGGUGGAGUCCGGUGCAAGUUUGAGGGGUGCAACAAGAGCAGCCAGGGCGGUGGAUUCUGUCGGCGGCAUGGAGGCGGUAAGCGGUGCAGCGUCGAGGGUUGCCCGCGGGGGGCCCAGAGAGGGUCGACGUGCGCGCAACAUGGCGGCAAGUCUCGGUGUCUGGUGGACGAGUGUGUCCGAGCGGAUCGAGGGGGCGGGUUCUGCGAAGUGCACCGCCGCGGCAAAGUGUGCACGUUGAGUUAUUGCAACCGCCUGGCUAAAGUACAAUGUGACGGGUACUGUGCCCAGCACCACCGCGAACGGUCGUUGGCAUUCGACUAAACAAACUAGUUUUUACUCGUAACUUGGGACGACACAACUGUUAAUAUACUAUUAUUUAUUCCCA